UUUCAUAUUCCCUUCCAAGUACCAUUACCCUAUCACCAUAUUCAUUUAUGCUUCAUUAUGGGUCGAGCGGUAGAAUGUUGGAUUCCGUUGCUAUUAUUAUUCUUUUUACCAACUUCAUCGUCCAGUGAUAGUAAUGCUGCCAUCCUCAUCACCUUCAAGAACUUGCUGACUAAUUCCGAGGCGCUUUACAAUUGGAACGAGACAGUCAAUCCAUGCAAUUGGGUUGGUUUGCAUUGCAAAGAUGGUGCGAUUGAUAAGUUGGCUCUGGAGAGCAUGGGCCUCUCUGGCAAGAUUGAUAUAGACUUACUCGUGCAGUUGCCUAAGUUGAGAGCCUUGAGCCUCAUGAACAAUAGCUUUGAGGGUCCAUUGCCUGCGUUGAAUAAACUCGCUUCCUUGAGGGCCUUGUAUUUGUCCUCUAACAAAUUCUCGGGUGAACUUGCUGACGAUGCUUUUGCUGGAAUGAACUCCCUGAUCCAACUGUAUUUGGCAAAUAACAACUUCACUGGGCCAAUCCCUUCUUCGCUUCUUCCCUUGUCCAAGCUUGUCAGACUCAGCCUCGAGAAUAAUCAAUUUGAAGGCCAGAUACCAGACUUUCAACAAAAUUUCUCAUUGUUUAACGUGUCCAAUAACCAUUUGAACGGUGAAAUUCCGGCUGCCCUUGCCAGCAUCAAUCCAACUUCUUUUGCAGGGAACGAUGGCCUAUGUGGAAAGCCGCUGUCUGCAUGCAAGUCCUCCAAGAAGAAGACCAUAAUAAUAAUCGUGGUAGUUACCGCGAGUGUGAUUGCAUUAGCUGUACUGAUUGCAUUUGCCUAUUUCCGUGGCAGCCGAAAGAAAACGACCCAGGUGAAGCAACUCCAAGUCCAAGGGACUAAAGCCCAAACCAAAUUUGCCGUUAUGGGUCAAAAUGAAUUUGCUCGAUCCCCCGAUAACGAUCACAAAGGCCAGUUACAUUUAGUAAGGAACGACAGGGAGAGAUUUGACUUGCAAGACCUUCUGAGGGCCUCUGCUGAGGUUUUGGGCAGCGGGAAUUUUGGGUCAUCAUAUAAGGCACUUCUCUUAGAUGGGCCUGCUAUGGUUGUGAAGAGGUUUAGGGAAAUGAAUAACGUGGGUAAGCAAGAAUUUCAAGAGCACAUGAGUAGGCUGGGAAGAUUGUCACAUCGUAAUUUGCUUCCUCUCGUCGCAUUCUACUAUAGAAAAGAUGAAAAGCUUUUGAUUUUUGACUUUGUUGAAAAUGGGAGUUUGGCUAGUCAUCUUCAUGCUAAGCGGGCCUCUGGACAACCAGCGCUUGACUGGCCGACUCGCCUAAAGAUCGUCAAAGGGGUAGCAAGGGGUUUGGCCUAUCUCCACAAAGAGUUCCCUACGCUAACUCUACCGCAUGGCCACCUGAAAUCCUCUAACGUGCUUCUGGACCAUACUUUCGAGCCCCUCUUGACGGACUACGGGUUGGUGCCUGUGGUAAACAAACCUCAUGCUCAACAAGUUAUGGUUGCCUACAAGUCCCCAGAAUUCACCCGAAGUGACCGCACCACAAGGAAGACCGAUGUGUGGAGUCUCGGCAUCCUUAUACUGGAACUGUUGACCGGUAAAUUUCCGGCCAAUUAUCUUAGACAAGGUAAAGGCGCCAAUGCUGAUCUGGCAACUUGGGUGAAUUCGGUUGUCAGAGAAGAAUGGACGGGAGAGGUGUUUGAUAUGGAUAUGAGAGGGACUAAGAAUGGCGAGGGCGAGAUGCUGAAGCUCUUGAAGAUAGGGAUGUGCUGCUGUGAAUGGAGAGUAGAGAGAAGGUGGGAUUUGAGGGAGGCUGUAGACAAGAUCGAGGAGUUGAAGGAGAGAGACAACGAUGAUGACUUAAGUUCCAAUGCAAGUGAAGGGGAAUUCUGCUCUUCCAGAGCAAUGACUGAGGACGAUUUCUCUUUCUCUAUCAACGGCUAAUCACUGAAGCUGCUCUACUCUUUGAAAGAGUGCAUUGGCUCAGAGGUCAAUUUUGGCCAUCAAUUAGUCCUAGAAAAGCUCAUUGGCUGAUCAGGGAUUACUGUGCGUUCUCAAUUUUAUGUUCAUUUUCGUAAUAUGUUUAUUUCGUCCAAUUGAUAAUAUAUGUUAAAUAUGACACUGAUAAAACUAUUAUAUAUAUUUUAUAUGUAAUUGGUUUCCAGUUUGUAUUUGAAGAAUAAGAAGCGGCUGCUUAUUUUCACUGUCAGUUUCGUCCAACAUC